CUCAUGGGCCGGUAGAGGGCGGUGUGGAGCCUGGUAAUAAAUCACCUCUCUGCCGGGAGCUCCGCUUCUCCUGACCCGCAUUCACCCGUACUGUACAGGCAGGGAGAGGGGGGGUGGGGGAGGAGGAAGACCGUCCACAGAAAGCUAAUGAACGCUGUAGAGUUCCCUUGCAGACCGUGGCCAUGGCUUUGGCAGUCCCUGACAGACACGGCGCUCCCGUCCCCCCACACCUGAUAGCGGACUGAAAGCAGGCUAACACCGGCAGAGAAGCAUUAACGCUAGCUAACCUUAACGUUACGCCGUUUGAGACGGGAUGAGGACAACAUCUUCUGUUUCAUUGGUGGACCAUCAGACGUGAUUCUGUGACUCAUCCUGGGCACAGAGCGGCUGUUGAAGACACCCUGGGCUAAGAUUUUUCGGAGUGGCGCCGGAACAUCUGUUUCAACGACGACGCUCCGCCAUCUGAUGUUGGGCGUCAACGAGCAAGACUGGCCUCCGUCUUCAGAGCACCAGGUGGAGCCCCUGAAGAAACCUACCUGUUAAGAGGCAGACGCACACUAGCACACCACCAGCAUUCUUUUUCAAAUAACAAAAGAGAGAACAUACUCAAGACUGAUUCAACACUACUUAACUCCCCGUCAUCCUCUCCUCUCCAGUCCAAUAAAAACCUCUCCUGCUCUCUACCUCCCGGAGAAAUAGAAAAGGAAGGAAGUGAAAAGCAAUUUAUUAUCCUUUUAUCAGUUCCUCUUUUUCUCCAUUUCGUGCAACAGUUCUCCCAUUUUACCUCAGGGAUUUUCUCCCACUGCCUACCUCCUCCACGGAAACAGCCGACCCAGUGACUGGAACACAGAGAAAAAAGGAAAACACACCUGUGACCUCUCUCUGUUGUUACCAUGACAACCUGUAUUGCCUCUCAAGCACUCCUCACCGCAACCGUGAGGACCAGCAAUGACCUUGGACCUCUCACCAACCUGCCAGCUCAGACCUGCUCGCUGUCUAAAUUGUACUGAUCCACACUUGUAGCCUGGAAUAUCGGGCUAGUCAUCCCUGGAAAGGAAAAAAGGGUCAUAUUGCCAAUAAAGCCAGCUACACACUCACAAUAACCUCACCCUUCUGGUACAGUACACCCAGCAGGAAACAAUAUACCUCAGCAGACGCAGCUUCUCACUCAAGGAAAGUGGAAGGGAACCUUUGCAGCAAUAGCAUUCACUAUCCUGGUGCUUCAGUCCACCCAGCAGGGUAACACAUGCUCACCAGCCUGGUGCUUCAAUCCGCCCAGUAGGCAACUCACUUCAGCAUCUUCCAUUUGCCUUAGAGGCAAGAGUAUAGCAACCGUAGCCAGGGAGGCCUCUAGAGGAGCAGAGAGAGAGAGAGAGACUCAGGAGUGCUGGCAGUCGACUUCACUUCAUUUUGCUUCUGAGCAAAGUCACAUCAUACACAAGCCUCACGAUCCAAGCAGUAGCAUCAAAAAGCACCCCCCCCCCCGCCUUAUGCUUCACCCUGUGAAGCCUCCAGAGAAGUAGAGCUACACGCGGAGCAGGAGAAGUUCUUGGAAGCCUCAUCAGCUUUUUCAUACUCUGGAGGCAAAGCCGCAAAGCAUGAAGAACUCCUAGGCAGAUUUAACUCUGAGCUUUAUGAACCUUGGAAAGUUAGAAGACUAAACACUGAGAUCCGUAUUGUGUGACAGCGAAGGGAAAAAGACCGGGGAAAGCAUUAAGUAAAGAAAAGAAUGCAUCGCUUUCUUAUGCUUUCACUGAUGUCCUGCCCGCCAUGCUCCUCUCAGCCAAUCGCUGCCCAGAUUCUCCGAUGGCUGCCUAUUGAAGGGGCCGCCGGCGAAUGCUGAGCAGGCUGGCGAAGUCGAGAUCCGCCUCACUGUCCUGUGAUUGGCAGCUGGACGGGACUGAGGCUACAUGGAGCCAAUGUCCAACAAGCAGGAUAGCAACUCAUCAGAGGGAGAGGAGAAAGGGUGGCCAGAUGUGCCGAAGAGAAAGUGUAAGAACAGCCAGUGUUCGGUGAAGAGCGUGUCUGCUCUUAGUGUCUCUGUUCCAGGGUACAUCCCCAGCUACCUGGAGAAAGAUGAGCCGUGCGUUGUGUGUGGGGACAAGGCGACCGGCUACCACUACCGCUGCAUCACCUGCGAGGGUUGCAAGGGUUUCUUCCGCAGGACCAUCCAGAAGAACCUCCAUCCAGCUUACUCCUGUAAAUAUGAAGGCUGCUGCAUCAUUGACAAGAUCACCCGCAACCAGUGCCAGCUGUGCCGCUUUAAGAAGUGCAUCGCUGUGGGCAUGGCCAUGGACUUGGUGUUGGACGACUCGAAGCGCGUGGCCAAGCGGCGUCUGAUCGAGGAGAAUCGACAGAAAAGAAAGAGGGAGGAGAUGGUGCGGACGCUGCAGACGAGGCUGGAGCCAAACACGGCAGAGUGGGAGCUGAUCAGGAUGGUAACCGAGGCCCACCGGCAAACCAACGCCCAGGGCGCCAGCUGGAAACAGAAGCGCAAGUUCCUGUCGGAUGACAUCGGCCAGGGUCCGAUGCUGCCCACCGCCGAAGGAGAUAAGGUGGACCUGGAAGCCUUCAGCGAGUUUACCAAGAUCAUGACCCCCGCCAUCACGCGCGUCGUCGACUUUGCCAAGAAAUUGCCCAUGUUCUCAGAGCUGCUUUGUGAAGACCAGAUCAUCCUGCUGAAAGGCUGCUGCAUGGAGAUCAUGUCGUUGCGCGCCGCCGUGCGCUACGAUCCGGACAGCGAGACGCUGACGCUCAACGGCGAGAUGGCCGUGAAGCGCGAGCAGCUGAAGAACGGCGGGUUGGGCGUGGUGUCAGACGCCAUCUUUGAUUUGGGCAAGAGCCUGGCUCAGUUUAACCUGGAUGACUCGGAGGUGGCUCUGAUGCAGGCGGUGCUGCUCAUGAGCUCAGACCGGUCGGGGCUGACCAGUACGGAGAAGAUAGAGCAGUGCCAAGAGGCCUACCUGCUGGCGUUCGAGCACUACAUCAACUACCGCAAGCACAACAUUCCCCACUUCUGGCCCAAACUGCUGAUGAAGGUGACGGACCUGCGCAUGAUCGGAGCUUGCCACGCCAGCCGCUUUCUCCAUAUGAAGGUGGAGUGUCCGAACGAACUCUUUCCCCCGCUCUUCCUGGAGGUCUUCGAGGAUCAGGAAGUGUGACUCGAAGAAGGUUAAAAAGCACGGCACCCCUUAAAAAGAACCCUGGAAGGAAAUAAAUUAGGGGGUGUUUGUGGCAGAGGUGGAAGUGUGGGGUAAGAACAAGAGUGGGGGAAAAAAAAACUGGAUUUUUUUUAUUUUUUCAGGGGGAACAUGCCCUGUAAACUUCUUUUUGUCCCUUUUUUUCUGUAACACCCUCAAAAGGUCCAGCACCUCCCACCAGCAAACUUACAUCGACAUCACAGAUUUAGAUUCCUGACACACUGCCGUGAACGCACAGUGCAAACAUAUGCAAACACAAAUCUCGUCCGUUAACUCCUCUUGCACCUCAGCUGUACUCUGCGCCUACACAAUUGCAAACGGAGGGGCUUGUUUAUGUCUCUACGCCCUCCACACCCACCUCACACCUCAAAAUAGUUUCUUUAUUUAUUUUUUUUUACUUCUGGGACCUGACCAUUAGCUCCUUAGACGACCCACCCCUCCCACUGCCGUCUCCCAUGCAUCUCCGCGACUACAGUGGCGCCCUCCGUCCGCCCCGUGCAGCCCGGCCCACAGUCAG